GCCAAACACUCACACACGACACACCUGCUAUGAGCCCUCCAGCUCCAUGAGCCCUCCGUGGCGGAGGUCUCCCGCCUUUAGCGUAUUCAAUUGUUUGGAAAAUGCCUCCCAAAACACCUGCCAUCCUUCUCUCCUCCGGGCCCAGCGUUGCGGCAUUCUGUUGCACCUCUCCGCCGCCACCAUGCUCGAGAUGCCGUCAUCCGUUUCCACCCACACAGCGCCCGCGACAGCAACGACGCCCCUACGCGCAGCACGCCGAAGCUAUCCAUGAGCAACCUCCUAGGUCCUCGCCCUCACCCUCGUCUUCACACCCCAACCCCCACCCGCAGCCCCAUUACGAAGAAGCAGACCUCACAUGGCCCACUCCCAUCCACCCGCGGCGCUUCCCCACCCCCUACCAGAUCCUCUGCUGCCACCACGGCCAACCCUACACGAAACGCCGCUUCUACGCCCUAGCAAAGCUGUACCACCCUGACAGCUGCCACGUCUCCUCCCCCGUCGCCCAUGUCCCUCCUGCCGUCCGCCUCGAGCGAUACCGCCUCAUAGUCGCGGCCCACGGCAUACUGUCCGACGACUCCAAACGGAGGGCGUACGACCUGUGGGGAGCAGGAUGGGCGGAGAACCCUUCCCAUUCCCCCUCUCACCCAUACUCGCCUUUCGGCCGGGGUGCGGCGGCAGAGACGUGGAGUACGGAGCACGACCCGCUGCACAACGCAACAUGGGAGGACUGGGAGCGGUGGCAUCGUCGGAAUGUCCCAAAGGACGAUGCGGAUAGCCGCACCGUAUAUAUGUCCAACUUCGGCUUCAUGUCCUUCAUCCUGCUCGCCGUGUCGCUGGGCGGAAUCGUCCAGGGGACCCGCGCAAAUGCAAUGUCGUCAUCGGUCAUGGAGCAGAGGGAGAAAGUACACAGAGAAGCGAGUCUGCAGCUCGCCAGGUCACAGCACGCGACUAGGAUGACGGGAGAUAAGAAGGAGAGGGUGAGGAGCUUCCUGGAGCAUAGGGAAGCGACCUUGGCCGGGCAUGCGACCUAUCAGCGCCUUCUGCCUCCAGAGGAGAACUGCGGGCCAGAGAGUCUGAGGAAGCAUGAGGGUGGGUGAGGGGUUCGGAACUUCUAUCAUCUUGCUCGAUUGUGUGCUGUUGGCUUCUAUUGGCGCAUAGCGGAGUGUGAAUAUUGAUCCUAGGCCUUGUACAUAUUUCUAGGUAAGUGGGCAGCAAUCGCGCUUUCGCCACGGAGUAGACGGGCAUUGUAUAACACACGCGCAAUCAUUUGCAUAUCGUUGGUGAUUUGCAUUUCCAUCGUUAAAGCACUUUGGGGUUUUCUACGUUCCACAAGGCUAUGCUACGAGCGCUGCAUGUCAUAUAUGAUUUGCAAUUUUUACCCGCUUGUUCAAGGCAUCUUUACGUCUUCUAAUGCUUCCAGAAUCAUGGUAUUUAUCAUGUAUGUAUUUCACAUCGCAUCCUUGUCGCACAGGCAUCAGGGAUCUUCGAUGCGUGU